AUGCAUUUUUUCGACUCCUGAGUUUACCCUGUUACCGAAUUGUGAUAACGGCCCUCGCUCCGUGACUUCAGUUGCCUUACUCUUUCUCCUUCUUCUAAUAAGAGAGAGUGCCUUUCUUGAGUUUUAUUCUGACUUGCUCUCUCCAUCCGCCGCCAUCCCACCCCCCUAAUCCCCCGUUCUCUACCCUUCUCUGCUCAGGAGACACCUGCCGGCCAUUGUUUUCACGAUAUCAUAAUCCCUCCCCUUCAAUCAUUUAUAGCCCUUUUUCUAUUCAUUCCUUCGCUCUUUACUUGGCCGUCCUGCCCCCACUCUUCACCACUAUCACGAAUAACCCAAUCAAGGGAAGGCAGCGCCUUCUGUCCACUCACUAGAUCAUUCAAUCUACUAUCAAACAUCGGCCUCGAUAGCCCAACCAAAACCGAAAUGCGCAUCCCAUCGCUGACCUCCCUCUCCCCCAAAUCCGUCCGCACGCGCUUCGGCAAUCGCAGCCGAGCAUCUUCCACUAGCUCCACCUCCACCACCGCUUCUGGCACAAGUAUGAGAGCUAGCAAGCCUACGCUGCAAAGAAGACCUAGCGGAGUGAACCUCUACGAGUUGUCGUAUUCCGGUAACAGUGGGGGGAGGACGGGGAGGGUUGCGUCGUCAUCGGUUGGUUAUUGGUAUGAUGAGGCAAAGCGGGAGGAGCAAGGGGAGGAGGAGGGGUUGAGUGUGUUGGAACCGAGGCCCAGGUACUGUGUGGGUUUGUUAGAGGUUUUGGAGUUGUAGGAUAGGAGUUUUAGGGGUUGGGAAAGGAGGAGUUUUAUUCCAUCUUUUGUACUUUCAUCAUACUUAUUCAUUCGAAGGUUGGGGGUCAUUGGAUGUAUGCAUAAAUGGAGUGGAGACCAUGGAUUAUACUGGAAUUGACCGCAGAGCGGAUUGGUUGGGCAGGAUUUGGAAAAGAAAGAGAGGGGGGGAUUCCUUUUAUUAUGAUUAUUGGGUGUAUCAUAUCAUUCUAUGCAAGAGUUCGAGUAUCAUAUCGUAAAUUGGGGGUUCACAAUCCUUCGCAUUAGAGAUUUUCAUUUCCUCCCGGAAAAUGUCACUAUCUAUAGCAGAGUUUUCAUACUACUGGAGACUGAUAGAUGGCAUAUAGCGGAAGCCUAGAUUAAAUAUCCCCGAGUGAGAUGUCGUGAGCGAAAAGGUCCCAACCGUGUUCUUGGUACUGUAGGUUGAAAUUGGAGCGUGCCGAUGAAGGGGAAAUUGGGAAAUUGUUGUCGCGAGAGGAGUGUAUGGUGUGUGCUCGACGAACUGUGCGUUGGAGAGGUACGGGGCCAAUACCGGCUGGGUUAUAUUAUUCUCGGGGAGAUAGCAACCGUAUUUGUGGAAACCCCCCUUUUUUUCCUUCUACUUCUCGCUCUGGUU